UGGCGCAUGAACAAGGAAUCUUAAGCGUAAGUCAAAAACAGCUGGACACUUGUGUGAACGUAUUUUAAUAGUGGUCGGUGUAGUGAACCGUCAAAUAUGAAAUUGUAAAUUAGUUUUGCAUCGAACGUGUCGUGAUUUACAUUGUUUAGUGUUUUUACCGAAAAACAGUAGACGGUCCUCGAUAUAUUGUUUUAAUGAUGGCCAAGUCAGACGCUUUAACCGAAAUAUGUGCCAUGCUAGAUACCUACGGAGGAAGAGACAAGUCCCUCUAGUCCUACCCAACUCAUAUGAAACUGACAAACUGACAACACCGCGCCAACCGGACUGUCACUCCACACAUGUUUAAAAAUAAAUGUAUUGAAAAAUGGCUGAUACAGCUAAACAUCGAAACAUAAACAAUAGUGCGAAUAAUGGAAGGAAAUCAAAAAAUGAAAUAAUCAGAUCAGCAUUGGGGUCAUAUCUGAAACAACGAAACUAUUCGAAUUCCGAAAAGUUUCGCAAAUCCGAUCUGGCAUUACUACAAAGCAACAAGCAAAUGGAAUUUGGUUCUAUGUUGGAUGACGAUGUGUCGAAAGUAAACUCAUUUCUUUAUUCGAAUGUGCUAUGUCUCAACAAGGACUCUAAUGUCGUUGAACAAUUUGCAAAAUUCCAGCAGUUUGUGCAAUCGCAACCCUUACCAUACAAGAACGAAUUAGAAGUUAUUUUACGUCCACUUCUUUGCCAUUUGUACAUUGAACUACUGAAGGGAAAAGACUCUUCAGUUGCAUUGGAAUUUCUGAAAAAGUUUGCCGACGGUGUCAUUGGACCAGUGGAGAGUAUUGCGAAUCCGCUGCCGAACAAAAUCAACGGAAGUUCAUUAACUCAAAUAACAUUUUUUAACGAAACGGAUAACGAGAAUUCCACUCAGCAAUACUUUAAGGAACUGGUUCAACUGAUGUCACAAUGUCUGCGCAUCGAAGACCUGGAUCAUAUGGAAUUGACGCGAAAUUUCCGAUACUCUAAAUACGAAAUCGAACUGUCGUUGCAAUCACUUUUCGCAUUAAAACAUUUUCUGGUCAAAAAUGGUCAUGUGUUGCUACUGCAUGUGUUACAGACAUGGUUUUGGUUCGAUGUCACCGAUGCACGAGAUUCCGACGACGAUGAUAUUUGUAUGGUAGGUGAACGACCGGAGAACGGAACUGAAGAUGAAAGCUGUGAAAACGAAUCGGACGGUGGUUGUCAGUCAGUAAUGUCGAUCAAAAUAAAGGAAGUGUCUGAACGUUUAGUGAAAACAGAAAAUGAAGACGAAAGCGAGAAAGUGAAAAAGGUUUUAGAAGCGGACUUGAUGGCAAAGAAGCGAAUAACUCAUAAGUUAAAGCAUCUGCGACGUACAGUAUUAGAAAUGAAAACGCACGAACAGCCGGUACGAGUAUUUAAAGUGGAGAAUGGAACAAGCAGGCUAGCGUCGGCAACAAUCGAUCCUGCACAAUGCCAUCUAGCUGGCGGCUUUGAAGAUUCCACCAUCCAAUUGUUUCAACUAAAUCGAAGUACAAUCGGAGGACGUAAACCGUAUAUGUCCAUCACAAAACGAUGUUGCCAAUGGAGUCUGGAGAAUAGUUCCGAGAUAUCAUCCGAUGACGACGAUGAUGACACGGAUACUAAAUAUAAAUAUUGUAAGCCAGGCACUUCCAAAACAGAACAAAGGCGAAAAUUGGCUGAACAACGAUCUACAGAAAAUAUUUUCACCGAAUCUGGAUGCGUUGCUCUUCGGGGUCACAACAAAGGAGUUACGGAUUUGGUUUUCUCAAAGGAGCAUCCUCUUCUCUUCAGUGCUUCCAAAGACAAUACAAUGCGAGCGUGGAAAGCAACAGAUUACAGUUGCGGAGCCGUGUACAGGGGCCAUAACUAUCCAAUUUGGUGUGUUGCUGAAAGUUCAGUCGGUAUGUAUUUGGCGACUGGGUCGAAAGAUCUUACGGCGAGAUUAUGGUCCACUGAUCGUGAAUAUCCACUGCAGACGUACAUUGGACACACACAAGAUGUUGAUGCAGUCGCUUUUCAUCCGAAUGGAAAUUACUUGGCCACCGGAUCAACCGAUUUGACGGUGCGAUUAUGGUGUGUGACUAGUGGCAAACUGUUUCGCGUAUUUACUGAUUGCCAUCUACCCGUGCACUGUGUCAGUUUCAGUCCAGAUGGUAAACUGUUAGCCGCUGCCGGUGAAGAAUCGAAAAUUCGGAUAUUUGAUUUGGCUGCCGGAUCUCAACUAUGCGAACUAAAGGAACAUACGACACCUGUGUGCGACAUUGUUUGGAGCCAAUUCGGAAAUAGAUUGGCGUCAACGUGUUCGGACGGUACCGUUCGAGUGUUCAAUGUGAAUAAUAAGACUGUCUCCAGCUCAUCUAUCAAUCCGUCGUCAUCCUCAUCAUCGUCAACAGCAUCGUCGAGCAAUAACAAAUUAUUGUACUCCUACGUAUCCGGUUGCAAGCGAUCUGUUAAAGUUUUUUUUAAUUCGGAUGGAAGUGUUUCGUGUAUUGGACACUCGUGAUGGAGAUGUCAGCCGAAAUUGAAUGAAAUUUACAAAUAAAUUUGAUUUGUUGUCCA